UGGAGAUAGAUAGUAAGGUCUUCAACAUUGAUAUUUGUCCUAUAAGUACUUAAAAUAACAUUUAUCAAACGCUUGCUCAGUUUUAUGGCGCAUGCAACAAUGGAACGAUCACUUCAGAAUAAAGUGGUGGCAGUCGUGGGAGGCGCUCAAGGCAUAGGAUGCGCAAUAGCUGACCACUUUCUACUCCACGGAGCAAAAACUGCCAUCCUACUGGACAUAAAUAGCAUACAGGGAUUCAAAGCUAUAGGAACACUAACAGACAAACAUGGAAAAGACAAAGCUGUGUUCAUAAAGUGUGACGCGACUACGGAACUUGACACAAUUUCGAAAAUAUUUGAAACUUACAAAACGAUCGACGUGCUAGUUUUGAGUGCCAGCACAGUAAAUACGGAUCACAGAAAAAUGAUGGACGUCUAUGCAACAUCUGUAAUAGAAUGGUCUAUGAAGUUCUAUGAGCACAUGAGAAAGGAUAAUGGAGGUAGCGGUGGAACGAUCAUUACUAUAUCUUCAAUAUUUGGUUUUAGACCAGUGCCCUAUUCUCCAGUCUAUCAAGCAGCCAAAUACGCAGUGUUCGGAUUCACGAAGUCUUUGGGUCACCUUGAAAACUUCCAGAAAACUGGGGUUCGUGUUUUGGGUUUAUGUCCAGGGUUUACAGAAACUGCACUCACUAAGAAGUUAAGAGAUCCAGAUAUGCAGAAGGAAUUAUCGGAAGAUUUAGUGAAAUUCGCAAACUCUCUUCCUUGGCAGACUGUUGAGGAUGUCGGUAAGGCUGCAGUGGAAAUGUAUGGUCGGGCUGACAGUGGAACUAUGUGGCUAGUUGAAGGUGGUCAUCCUAUUGUAGAAGUAAGGUGAUAACUUACUUUGUAAGUGACGAUGAUCAAUAAUCACAAACAUGUAGGUGUAGACAUUUAAGCAGUCAUAAGGACGAAAAUUGAAAAGUGUUUUUUGUAAAAUAUUGUUUACUUUCAGAAAGUUUUAUAAUAUUAUUAUUAAAAUUAAGAAUAGUAUGUACCAUUUCACUGUGUUUUGAAUAUUUAAAAAAAUAUCUGGCUCUAUGCACAGUAAUUGUUUUCUUAAACUUAUGGUCGUAUAAACUAGUCGUGAUACUUCGAGAAAAGGUUAAGUUCAAAAAGAUAAAACCUAAUUAUCUUAUUUAAUAAGUCGCUUUGUUAAAAAUGCAGUUUUAAUAUGAAUACGACAGGAAUACUACUGCAGCGAUAUAUUAUGUGUAACAUAUUAUUAUACUGGAUAUUAAGGCACAUAAAAAGGUGAUUAGUAUCUCACAGUAUCCUACGCCGAAAGUAACAAGAUAAUUUUGGCAAUCUUAAUUCUUGUUAAUUUGACAAUUGGAUAUAAAAUAGGAGUCCACCUUUUUUAUGGGAAAUUCAACAUCUCCCGCCCUGGGUGUUGCGAGUGAGAGAUUUAGACUCUUACUGACUGAAAAC